AUGGCCCCAAGAUAUCAGGUGUGCUGUUCAGGACCACAAGGGCUUAAUACUGACAGGAAAGGUGUCAGAUCUGAACAUAGCAGAUCCCAUGAUCAUCAUGGCAAGGAAUUAGAACAGGAAUCCUUUAGCAGAAGGAGUGACAGGUCCAUCAUGAGGUCAGUGUUUGCAGCCAUAGUGAAGGGAAUCAAGAGACCAACCCAGGGGAAGGGAGCUGACUGGGUUCAGGAGCAGCUGAAAUCACUGAUGACAGCAGAUCUAAGCAUGUCAGCAAAUCUGAGUAGGCUUAAUGGGCCUUGGCAGCAAAAUCUGAGCAUGUUUAAUGGGCAAAGGCAGUAA